CGUAGUUCUGCGGGUGAAGAGCUAAGAGGAAACCAAACUGCGAUCUCUGCGAUCCCCGCCCUCCUCUUCCCCGAGGGAGGAAGCUGGCCCAGCGCCCAGGGGCCGGGCUUUCAGCCGCUCCCUGCAAUGCUUCUUCUGUGGGUGUCGGUGGUCGCAGCCUUGGCGCUGGCGGCGCCAGCUCCCAGAACAAAUGGGCAAAGGCGGGGAGCAGCUCAGGCGUGGCCCGAUGCGCCUAACGUGGUGCUAGUUGUGAGCGACUCUUUUGAUGGAAGGCUAACAUUUUAUCCAGGAAGUCAGGUUGUGAAACUUCCUUUUAUCAACUUCAUGAAAGCGCGUGGCACUUCCUUUCUGAAUGCCUACACAAACUCUCCAAUCUGUUGCCCAUCACGUGCAGCAAUGUGGAGUGGCCUCUUUACUCACUUAACAGAAUCUUGGAAUAACUUCAAGGGCCUAGAUCCAAAUUAUACAACAUGGAUGGAUAUCAUGGAGAAGCAUGGCUACCGAACACAAAAAUUUGGAAAAGUGGACUAUACUUCAGGACAUCAUUCCAUUAGCAAUCGUGUGGAAGCGUGGACAAGAGAUGUUGCCUUUUUACUCAGACAAGAAGGCAGGCCUGUGGUUAAUCUUAUGCCUAAAAGGACUAAAAUAAGAGUAAUGGAAGAGGACUGGGAGAAUACAGACAGAGCAGUAAAUUGGUUAAGAAAAGAAGGAAUUAAUUACAGUCAACCAUUUGUUCUGUAUGUGGGAUUAAAUCUACCACACCCUUAUCCUUCACCAUCUUCAGGAGAAAAUUUUGGAUCUUCAACAUUUCACACAUCUCCUUAUUGGCUUAAAAAAGUGUCUUAUGAUGCCAUAAAAGUCCCAAAGUGGUCACCUCUGUCAGAAAUGCACCCUAUAGAUUAUUACUCUUCCUAUACAAAAAACUGCACUGGGAAGUUUACAGAAAAAGAAAUUAAGAAUAUUAGAGCAUUUUAUUAUGCUAUGUGUGCUGAGACAGAUGCCAUGCUUGGUGAAAUUAUUUUGGCUCUUCGCCAAUUAGAUCUUCUUCAGAAAACUAUUGUCAUAUACACCUCAGACCAUGGAGAGCUAGCCAUGGAACAUCGUCAAUUUUAUAAAAUGAGUAUGUACGAAGCUAGUGCCCAUGUUCCACUCUUGAUAAUGGGACCAGGAAUUAAGGCCAACGUACAAGUAUCAAAUGUGGUUUCUCUUGUGGAUAUUUACCCUACUAUGCUUGAUAUUGCUGGAAUUCCUCUGCCUCAGAACCUGAGUGGAUACUCUUUGUUGCCAUUAGCAUCAGAAAUGUUUAAGAAUGAACAUAAGCUCAAAAACCUACGUCCAGCCUGGAUUCUGAGUGAAUUCCAUGGAUGCAAUGUGAACGCUUCCACUUACAUGCUUCGAACUAACCAAUGGAAGUAUAUAGCCUACUCUGAUGGUGCUUCAGUAUUGCCUCAACUCUUUGAUCUUUCCUCAGAUCCAGAUGAACUAACAAAUAUUGCCACAAAAUUUCCAGAAAUCACUUGUUCUUUGGAUCAGAAGCUUCGUUCCAUUAUAAACUAUCCUAAAGUUUCUGCUUCUGUCCACCAGUACAAUAAAGAGCAGUUUAUUAAGUGGAAACAAAGUGUAGGGCAAAACUAUUCAACUGUUAUUGCAAACCUGAGAUGGCAUCAGGACUGGCUGAAAGAACCGAGGAAGUAUGAAAGCGCGAUUGAUCAGUGGCUUAAAACCCGCACCAAUGCUAACGAAUUUUGAACAAAAAAAGAAAAGAAUGUUCCGGAGCUACACAGAAGUAUCUUAAAAUAUCACGAUUAAUUAUGUCUUAAACACUAGUUUUAAUAAUGAUUUAUUUUUACUUUUAAAAAUCUACUCUUUUAAAUAAAAACAAAUCAUUAUAGAAUUAUAUAUAUUCACAAAUGAUUACUAUCAAGACUGACUCAUUCUUACCAAUGGAAGUAUUGAAACGAUGGAAGCAAAUAGUAUAAUAUAAAGUUAUAGUCUUCUGAGUAAGAUGGAAUAUAAAAUAUUUAACAGUUAUUGAUUACUUAUGAGCCAUAAAAUAGUUAUUUGUGACUA